UCAUAAAUCAGCAGACCUGGAAAUCGGUGGCUAUUCCACGGUCAGAUAAGACCCACCUGACUAUAUAAAGAAGGCCCCACCGCCAGUUUGGACAACAAUCAAGUUAUUCCAGCAUGGGUCCUAUUGCUUACGCCCUACUGUUUAGUUUGGUGGCGGGUCUGGCCGUCGCCGAGAAGUCGGAGUACUGUCUCAGUGAGAUCGUCAAGUCGGACGAGAGGAUCCGCUCGCACGGCUACCCGACCGAGACCCACGAAGUGGUCACUGAGGAUGGCUAUGUGCUGACCCUGUUCCGCAUUCCCCACUCGCACAAGCUGAGGAACGAGGACAAGGUGCGUCCGCCGGUUCUCUUGCAGCACGGCCUGUUCAGCAACUCGGACUGCUGGCUCUCCUCGGGUCCGGAUAACUCGUUGGCCUACCUUCUGGCUGAUGCCGGCUACGAUGUCUGGCUGGGCAAUGCCCGCGGCAACAUUUACUCGCGGGAGAACAACUUGAUCUCGCUAAACAGCCACAAAUUCUGGCACUUUAGCUGGCACGAAAUCGGAACCAUCGACAUCCCCACCAUGAUCGACUACAUCCUCGACGUGACCAAAUUCCCAAAGUUGCACUAUGCCGGACACUCGCAGGGCACCACCGUCUAUUUGGCGAUGCUCUCAGUGCGUCCAAAAUAUAACGACAAGAUCAGGUCCGGACAUCUGCUGGCUCCGUGCGCCUUCUUCGAGCACGGCCGAUCCUUCAUUUUCAACGCUUUGGGUCCGUUGGUGGGCAAGCCUGGCGGCAUUUGGAACCAGCUGCUGGUAGACACUGAACUUAUUCCCCAUAAUAAUCUGGUCAAUCGCGUGGUGGACAAUGGCUGCCACAUGUCCGAGACAAUUUGCAAGAACGCCUUCAUCAUGUUCGCCAACGGAGGAUACGAGAAUGCCAAUGCCAGCUCCAUGAGCGUCCUAAUUCAGACCCAUCCUGGUGGCUCCUCCAGCAACCAGGGCAUCCACUUCCUGCAGCUGUACGACUCGCACGAGUUCCGUCAGUACGAUUGGGGUACCAAGCUGAACAAUGAGCUGUACGGUCAGGAUCUGCCUCCGGACUACGACCUCAGCAAGAUUACCGCUCCCACUCACUUGUACUCCAGCACUAAUGAUGCCCUGUGCGGACCCGAGGAUGUAAACACCCUGGUUUCCAGGUUCACCAAUCUGGUGGAGGACUACCGCGUGCCGGUGCAGAGUUUCAACCAUCUGGACUUUAUCAUUGCAAGGAACAUGAAGGAGUUGGUCAAUGAUCCGAUCAUCAGGCGCAUCAAUGCCUAUGAAGAAAUGUAAGCCAAUAAAAAUUCACGAACUGCAGUAA